AUGGGUGAUAUGCAGGUUAUCAGUCUCGUUGGUGCCCAAAAAGCAUCUCUUCACCCUGAUGAUAUGCUAUUGCUGUCCAAUUUUGUUAUGUCUUCUGAAUUAUUUAGGACAUCUGAAUCCUUCUCCCUCAUUUGUCUGCCAAGAUUCAAUCCCAUGGCAUUUUUAUAUGCUUAUGUGCAUUAUCUUGAUGUUGACACAUACUUAAUAUUGCUGACUACAAGCUCAGAUGCCUUUUAUCAUCUUAAAGAUUGCAGGAUACAUGUGGAAAAUGUACUGGGUGAAGUUCAAAGAUCUAUGGUGGAUGGUGGCAUGCGCAUUGAGGUAAAAGAUUUACCUAAUGACCAUGGUUCCCGUUCUGGAGAAGUCUCCCCUCAUUUGGGCCAGCCCGGACGUGCAACGGAUUCAUCAAAGAGAUUCGACGAAGCAGUCUUAGGUGUUGGUGGCCCUGCUGGACUUUGGCAUUUUAUAUAUCGAAGUAUUUAUCUUGAUCAAUAUGUCUCAUCAGAGUUUUCCUCACCAAUAAUAGCAGACAACAGCAAUAAAGGUUGUAUAGAGCUUACCAGAAGAUAUAUGCGUCCAUGCAUGAUAAUGGAAUUGGGCCUCACAAAACUCAAUUCAGAAGGAAUGAGAAUUAUGGUAUGUUCUUUUUUCUGCCGCUUUUUCAUGCAAUUGGUGUUGCUUAUGAAGCAUAGUCCCACGCUUCCCAGCAUGAUGUUAUAUGAGCAUGCCGUACCAUCCUUUAACUCUCACAAUUUUCUCUGCCUGAUGGAGUUUCUUUUAUGCUGGGCUACCCCGGAUUUAGAACUUUAUGCAGUAUUUGAUCCUCUGGCAGACGAGGAUGUCUACUUCAAACUCGCUUUGUCAAUCAAGUCUUCUAGUGUUAUAUGUGCCGGACUACAUUUUGUCUUGGUUGAGACAGAGCCGCUGUCAGUACAUGGUCCAAUUUGGUUCUUGAAUUUCAGCUCUUCUAAACAUGCAUACCUAGAUCAACUUAAGGACAUUCUAGUCCUGCUAUGCCCUGAUACUGUUGACUUUUUUCUCUUCUUUUACAUGCCACUUGGGCAUAAUCAGGCUCUUGCAAUAAAAACUUUCAAUCGGAUGGCAAUGAAAGCCAAUUGUAGUCAUAAAGUUCGACAGUCAAAGUUUGAGCUCAUCUGCAUAGGCAAUACUUAUUUUCGGUUGAGCCACUGA